AUGGGAGAGAGUAGCGAUGAAGAGACCACAUCAUCGCCGCAAUAUCCAGAAACAAGUCCGUCUAUAGGGGCACCACAGAGACAUCUCAGAGUGCCGUCAGUAUCAUCUGAUCCAUCUGUCUCCAAAGUAAAGCGCCGUUCCAGUUCCCCUAAAGACCGCACUGCUGCCUCGAAGAAGAGUCGUCGCAUGAGUAUGACAGAUCCGACCGCGCCAGUCAGCCCCACGAUCAUGACAUGGGUCAUCAGCGCCGGAGUUGUCGUUCUAUUCUCCGCAAUCAGCUUUUCCGCGGGAUAUAUGAUCGGCCGUGAGGUCGGAAGAGUUGAGGUUGGAAUGAUGGGAGAUGGUGUUCCUGGUCCUCGCCCCUCCACGGGGUGUGGGCAGGAAGCAGUCCGGGGCGGACUGCGAAAACUGCGCUGGGGAUCCGCGGCUGCCGGAUCUGCUAGUCUUGCAUCAAUGUAA